AUGCUCCCGCAACGACUUGUGCGAGCUUCGGCUCUGCGCAACACCCUGGCCGCCAGCCGAAGGCUCCCCACGAUCCAGCGACGAGGCUUCCUGCCAUCCCAAUUCUCCGAUAAGAAGGUCAUCGAUGAGAAGUACCCCGAGUUCCCGCGACUCAGCGAGGCCCAGGAUCCUGGAAUGAACGGAGGCUACAUCAACCCGCCCAGAAUCAAGCGACAGUUCCGCGACCCAUAUGCCACCUGGUGGGACCCUCAGGAGCGACGAAACUUUGGCGAGCCAGUUCACGAAGACAACGACGUGCUGGGCAUCUUCUCCCCCUGGGAGUACACAUGGACCACCACGGGGCCCGGUCUGAUCAUGGUUGGAAGCUUCAUUGCCGUUUUCUUGGGCGUCUCUGGACUUGUCUAUCUCAACUACCCUGACCGAGUUGCCUACCCCAGGGAGUUUGAGAAUGGCCUGGAGCGAGAGUUGGGCGGCCCAGGAGCCGUAAGAGCGCGAAUGGCUGGUGAUGAGGACCCGUGA